GCGCGGCCGUGCAUGAGGUUGAGGUGUGAGUGCGCUACGUGCGCUGUGUGUUUGUUUCGUUCUCGUUGCGUGCAAAGCCGUCGGAAACAUGACGCAAGAAAGCCAGAUACCUCCUCCACCAGUUAUGUGGGCUCAAAGAAAAGAUGUCUUAUAUGUCACUAUCUGCUUAGAAGACUGCAAAGAUCCUACCAUCGAAAUUGAACCAGAAAAGAUAUACUUCAAAGGAGAGGGAGGCACAGAUAAAAAAAUGCAUGAGAUAACGAUUAAUCUGUACAAAGAAAUUGAGCCCAAUAAAACCAUAAAAAAUUUGAAGGGCAGGACUUUUGAGUUGGUUCUUGCUAAAAAAGAAGAGGGACCAUAUUGGCCACGAUUAAUUAAAGAUAAAACAAAGGCUCAUUGGUUAAAGAGCGACUUUAACAAAUGGAAGGACGAGGAUGAUACCGACGACGAAGGUAGUCCGCCAGAUUUAGAAGAGAUGAUGCGACAGAUGGGUGGUCUAAGCGGCUCGGGCGAUAGUAAGCCAAAUUUUGACGAUUUGGACGAAUUAGGGGACAACGACGCCGAUAGCGACGAUGAAGAUCUUCCCGAUUUAUAUGACUAAAGAUAAAAAUAAUCAUACACAUCGAUCAAGUAAUUAAUUACAUUAAAGACAAAUGGCAACCUAAGGAUAGUGCACGACCGGGCAAUAUUUCAGUAGGCCUUGCUGUUUGUAUCUUCAAUUGCAAAUUUGUUAAAAUGACCGUGUUGCAAGUAGCAAACGGGGCGCGCAAACUGGACUGAAGAAAAAAAACCUGUAAAGAUGCAGUGCAGACGAACAGUAAUACAGCUCUCAAAGGUCCUCCACAGGUCUCCCCCGCCUCCCCUAUUAGCCUGUAGUUCAUAUACUAAGUUAUAAUGGACAAGCUUUUUUAAUAAUGUACUGUGUAAAGUAAAAAAACACAAGAAGAUAAGAAGGGAAAAAGAAAUGAAAAUAAGCAAAAUUAUCUAUGGAAUUGUUCAUUUUGAAAAAUCCUGCAAGCACUAUUGGCAGCACGUGAUAAAAUGUUAUAAAUGUUGUCUGAGAUAAAAAAAAUAUCAAUACU